CGGGGUUUUUUUUUUGUGGGUUAAGGUGCUGGGGCUUCCCCCAGGUGGCACCAUGGCGCUGCUGAGCUCCCCAACGGAGACUGAAUGCUUGACUAAGCCGCUUUUCUGCCGCAAGGGGGCGCUACGCCAGAAGGUCAUCCACGAGGUGAAGAGCCACAAGUUCACCGCUCGCUUCUUCAAGCAACCCACCUUCUGCAGCCAUUGCACAGACUUUAUCUGGGGGAUUGGAAAGCAGGGGCUCCAGUGCUUAGUGUGCAGCUUUGUCUUACACAAGAGAUGUCAUGAAUUUGUCACUUUUGAGUGCCCAGGAGCUGGGAAAGGACCCCAGACAGAUGAUCCUCGGAACAAGCACAAGUUCAAAAUUCACAGCUACAGCAGCCCGACCUUCUGUGAUCACUGCGGCUCGCUCCUCUAUGGGCUGGUGCACCAGGGGAUGAAAUGCACCUGCUGUGAGAUGAAUGUGCACAAGCGCUGCGUCCACUGUGUGCCCAGCUUGUGCGGUGUGGACCACACAGAACGCAGGGGGCGCCUGCAGCUCCACAUUGAGACGUUUGGGAGUGACGAGAUCCAUGUGACUGUUGGUGAAGCUCUUAACCUGAUCCCGAUGGAUCCCAAUGGCCUCUCGGACCCCUAUGUGAAACUCAAGCUGAUCCCUGACCCUAAGAACCUAACAAAGCAAAAGACUCGGACCGUUAGAUCCACCCUCAACCCAGUGUGGAAUGAAACCUUCACUUUCACCCUGCAGCCGGGGGACAUGGAGCGGCGCCUCUCCAUCGAGGUGUGGGACUGGGACCGGACAACCCGCAAUGAUUUCAUGGGAGCCAUGUCCUUUGGAGUGUCUGAGCUUUUCAAGGGUCCUUUGGAAGGCUGGUACAAAUUGCUCAAUCAGGAGGAGGGCGAAUAUUAUAGUGUCCCUGUGGCCGAUGCAGAAAACUGUGGGCUGCUGCAGAAAUUUGAGGCUUGCAACUUCCCAUUGGAGCUCUAUGAGAAGGUUCGCCAUGGCCCCAUCCCAUCGCCAUCCCCCAGCCCCACUGACCCCAAGCGUGGCGGGUUCUUUGGCAUCAACCGCUUCCACAUCUCCGACUUCAACUUCCUGAUGGUGCUGGGCAAGGGCAGUUUCGGCAAGGUGAUGCUGGCGGAGCGGCGUGGAACGGACGAGCUGUUUGCCAUCAAGAUCCUCAAGAAAGACGUGAUCAUCCAAGAUGACGACGUUGAAUGUACUAUGGUGGAAAAGAGAGUUUUGGCCAUGGGGGAGCGUCCACAUUUCCUAACCCAACUGCACUCUACCUUCCAAACCGCAGACCGGCUCUAUUUUGUCAUGGAGUAUGUCAAUGGAGGAGACCUGAUGUAUCAUAUCCAGCAGGUUGGGAAAUUCAAGGAACCCCAUGCUAUGUUUUAUGCUGCAGAAAUUGCAAUAGGCCUGUUCUUUUUGCAUAACAAAGGAAUUAUUUACAGGGAUCUGAAACUGGACAAUGUAAUGUUGGAUGCUGAUGGUCACAUUAAGAUUACUGAUUUUGGGAUGUGUAAAGAAAACAUUUUUCCUGGCAUCACCACAAGAACCUUUUGUGGAACACCGGACUACAUCGCUCCAGAGAUUAUUGCCUAUCAGCCAUAUGGGAAGUCAGUGGACUGGUGGUCAUUUGGUGUCCUUCUGUAUGAAAUGUUAGCUGGGCAGCCACCAUUUGAUGGAGAGGACGAGGAUGAACUCUUUCAGUCGAUCAUGGAGCACACGGUGUCCUAUCCCAAAUCUCUUUCGCGUGAGGCUGUCUCCAUCUGCAAAGGGUUCUUGACCAAGCAUCCACUGAAGCGCCUGGGCUCAGGACCAGAAGGGGAACGGGAUAUCCGGGAGCACGGCUUUUUCCGCUGGAUGGACUGGGAGAGGCUGGAGCAGCUGGAAAUCCCCCCGCCGUUCAUCCCCCGCCCAUGCGGCCGAAGCGGCGAAAACUUUGACAAGUUUUUCACACGGGCACCUCCAGCGCUGACACCCCCAGACCAGCUGGUCCUUGCAAGCAUUGAUCAGAGCGAGUUCCAGGGGUUCACCUACAUCAACCCUGAGUUUGUGCACCCGUCCAUGUUGCGGCAGGGGAGCCUCUCCCCAACAGCCCUGCCCCUCUCCCCAACAGCCCUGCCCCUCUCUCCAACAGCCCUGCCCCUCUCUCCAACCAGCAUGCCCCUCUCUCCGACCAGCAUGCCCCUCUCUCCGACCGGGAUGAUCCCUCCCCCAACCUCCCUGGUGUGAGAGCAUCUCCCGGAUGACCCUUGACCCUAAGAACCCCAAUUCAAACCUCGCCCUUAGAAUUCUGCUCCUGGGAGCAUGACUCCUGCUCAGAGCUCAGCCCUAUAAACCCUACGCUUGACCUUAUGAUCCCUGCCUCCCCUAGAAAACACUUUUUUGUUGUUAAUUGUCUCUAUUGAGUUGCUUCCCUCCUUCCUUACCUCCACUAGGUGAAACCAAGAUCAGUGAGGUUAAGAAAGCACA